UUCCAGCUGUUUGUUCCUGGUGAGCUCAUUUACUUGGUGGACCCAGUGCGAUCUCCAGUAACAAACGCUGUUCUUCUGCUUUCCUAUAUCUCCUCAAAGAAGCUAACAAUCGUCCAAGAUGUCAUACUUUUGGUCUCUCGCAUUCCUGGCCGCCGUUCCUCUCGUCAUGGCCUAUUCGUCGGGCGCCCCACGCGGUGCUUGUGUGAACCUAACCCCAGGCCAUCAGAAUAACGCAAGUAUGAUCAUCCCGCCUCAAACUGGGCCAAGUCCCUACGCCCUCAGCGUCAGCAAGAACAUGUACACUCCUAAAGAGGCGCUCACAGUGUCCGUCAACGGCGCAUCAUUCAGAGGUAUUCUCCUGCAGGCUCGGUUGGCGGACGACACCCUGGCCGGUUCGUUCAGCAACGAGCCGACUAACACCAAACUUAUAGAUUGCACUAAUCAGCCCAGCACUAAUUCUAGAGACAGCGUAACCCAUGCAAACUCCGACCCGAAAAGUGCGGGAACAUCCUUUACAUGGACCGCUCCUGGUGAUGUCGGGAACGUCACUUUUACUGCGACUGUUCUUCAAGAGUACGAGGUGUUUUGGGUGAAACUUACUUCUCAAGAGAUCUCGGCCACAGCGGCUGCAGGAGCACCAUGGGUUACCGUCAAUUCAGCAUUGAUCAUCAGUCUACUCGGUGUAGUCUUUGUCGCUACCAAGCAGUAAUUCCAGUCCAAUGUUUUGUCCGUAGAAUCUAAUUUACAUCCACUUGCGCAGUGCGAGUGAUUCUAGAUCGUAGAGAGCGAUUAAUAAAAUUGGAAUUAAAAAGGUUACUGAUUAGGGGAGGAUGGGGAAAGAGGGGUCGAUUCUCUUUCACGCCCCCACUUGUCUGUCUCUCUAUUUCUGGCUAGGCUAUAUCAACAUCGAAUUUCGUUCUAGUUUUAAAAGAGUAAAAUGCUACUUCCACCCCGAGCAACCAAAACCCACGUUGCUUCAUAAAAGUUGCUCAAGCUUGGGUAUAUAGAGGGCAGCACACUGACGUGCGAUACCUAUACUAUCUUGCGGAUUUUUUACGCACGGGAGCGUAAUACCCGUUGGCUCAGUGUUAUGUAGUGAUCGCCAACUUGCCUACCCCACGAACGACCGAGUCUAGUCGUGCGCGCCCGAUUUAUCCCGAGGUUCGAUUGACUGUUUGUAAUUAAGUUUUAAAAUCUAAAAUUUAUUGAUAUGUGAUUAAUUAAAUACAUCUUAUUAAUGCACAUUAUUAUAGAUCUGUAACAUGAAUUUCUUUACAAUUUUAUCUUGCAAGUUUUAUUUGAUAUUUGAUGCAAAUUGAUGGGAAUUCGAAGAACAUAUUAUGUAGGCAUAUCAUGGCCAGUGUCCUAGCAUUGUUAGAUCACGUUUAGCGAGCACGCUUUGUACGUAUGCACCGUACGUACACUGUUCAUGCAGACUUCCUAUAUGACUGCAUUAUGUAUGAUUAUUAUGGUAUUACGCGCGGUUCUCCGAAACCGCCUCGAUGUCCACACUGAGUUUCCUUCGGGAGAUUAUGGCGAUGUCCGUGUGCUGCCCUCUAUAUACCCAAGUUUGAUUAUCUUUAACAUAUAUUUAGAUUAUGCUGAUACUAUAAUGCUAAAUAUUACUUUAUGUGCAGGAGAUAAAUCUAAACAAAGCAAAUAGUUCAUUAUAAUAUAUUAUUAUCCGAAGCUGUAAAACAUGUACUUGAUUUGCUAAUAGUGUGUUUUUAUAUGCUGAUGAUUAAAAUUAAAUUUCUUAGACUAAA